GCGGCGCGGCCGGCGCGCUGGCGAUGACGGUGCAGCGCGACGAGCGCGAGCCGCGCGCGCCGCGGACCAGGUUCAUGAUCACCGACAUCCUCGACGCAGCGCCCAGGGAUCUCAGCGCGCACCGGGACUCCGACUCCGACAGGUCGGCCACAGACUCACCAGGAGUAAAAGAUGAUUCAGACGACGUAUCAAGCAAGAGUUGCGGGGGAGACGCGUCAGGGCUGGCGAAGAAACAACGAAAGGCGCGGACGGCCUUUACCGACCACCAGCUGCAAACACUGGAGAAAUCCUUCGAGAGACAGAAGUACCUUAGCGUUCAGGACAGGAUGGAGCUAGCAGCCAAACUUGGCCUCACGGACACGCAAGUCAAGACCUGGUACCAGAACCGACGGACGAAAUGGAAGCGUCAGACAGCAGUAGGAUUGGAACUCCUAGCAGAGGCGGGUAACUACGCGGCGUUCCAGAGGCUGUACGGCGGGUACUGGGCGGGCGUGCCGGCGUACCCCGCGCAGCCUGCGCCCUCCGCCGACCUGUACUACCGGCAAGCAGCCGCCACCGCCGCCGCCGCCGCCUCCGCCACGGCUAACACGCUGCAGAAGCCAUUGCCUUAUCGGUUAUAUCCCGGCGCGCCGUUGGGCGGCGUUCCUCCACUGGGGCUGGGUCUGCCAGGGCCGUCUGCGCACCUUGGUUCACUGGGUGCGCCGGCGCUGGGCGCGCUGGGCUACUACGCGCAGGCGCGGCGCUCUCCCUCGCCCGACGUAGACCCAGGCAGCCCCGCGCCGCCGCCCCGCUCCCCGCGCGAGCCAUCCCUCGAGCGCCGCUCAGAAGAUGACGAAGAUGAUGAACCCAUACACGUUUAAAUCCAGUGGACGUACUCAGUGAUUAAACGCGAGGAACAAGGUCGCGGAUUUGUGGAAUAUAAUGUGACGAUGAAAAACGAAUAAAAACUUUACGUAACUUCGUUUCCGGUACAAAAUCAUGAACUACACAAAUGGACGAAAAUAUUACACGUAAUUCAAUUAAAACGUGCAAGACUCAGUGCGUGAAAUAAACUGUGCUUAAAAAUCACU